CUUAAGAUAGUUAGUAGUACUGCCCAGCGUUGUGCCUGUACACUACCCAUUUCAAUUAUCAAGAGUGUUAUCAGAUAAACUGCAGCCAUGUCAUCAGAUGCUGAGAUGGCAGCCUUCGGGCCAGCUGCCCCUUAUCUCCGAAAGUCAGAAAAGGAGAGGAUUGAGGCUCAGAAUAAGCCAUUCGAUGCCAAAAACUCAGUCUUUGUAGUGGAUCCUAAGCAGUCCUUUGUGAAAGGCACUGUUCAAAGCAGGGAAACGGGGAAGGUCACAGUCAAAAAGGAAGGUGGAGAUACUGUGACAGUUAAGGAUGACCAAGUCUUUCCUAUGAACCCUCCCAAAUUUGAUAAGAUUGAAGACAUGGCCAUGAUGACCCAUCUCCAUGAACCUGCUGUCCUGUAUAACCUCAAAGAGCGUUAUGCAGCCUGGAUGAUCUAUACCUAUUCAGGACUCUUCUGUGUCACCGUCAACCCCUACAAGUGGUUGCCAGUGUACAACCCAGAAGUUGUUAAUGCCUACAGGGGCAAAAAGCGUCAAGAGGCCCCUCCCCACAUCUUCUCCAUCUCUGACAACGCGUAUCAGUUCAUGCUAACUGAUCGUGAGAAUCAGUCCAUCCUGAUCACUGGAGAAUCUGGUGCUGGAAAGACUGUGAACACGAAACGUGUCAUUCAGUAUUUUGCAACAAUUGCUGCAGCUUCCGAUAAGAAGAAAGAAGAACCACAGCAAACUGGCAAACUAAAGGGCACCCUUGAGGAUCAAAUCAUCAGUGCCAACCCCUUGCUGGAGGCCUUUGGGAAUGCCAAGACUGUGAGGAAUGACAACUCUUCACGUUUUGGUAAAUUCAUCAGAAUCCAUUUUGGUGCUACUGGCAAACUUGCUUCUGCUGACAUUGAGACAUAUCUGCUAGAAAAGUCCAGAGUCACUUUCCAGCUAAAAGCUGAAAGAAGCUACCACAUCUUUUAUCAGAUCAUGUCUAACAAGAAGCCAGAACUGAUUGAGAUGCUCCUGAUCACCACCAACCCCUACGACUAUCACUUUGUGAGUCAGGGUGAGAUCAGUGUUGCCAGCAUUAAUGAUCAGGAAGAGCUGAUGGCAACUGAUGAAGCCAUUGAAAUCCUGGGCUUUACUCCUGAAGAAAGAACAGCCAUUUACAAGCUGACAGGGGCUGUCAUGCAUUAUGGGAACAUGAAGUUCAAGCAGAAACAGCGUGAGGAGCAGGCUGAGCCAGACGGCACAGAAGUUGCUGACAAGGCUGCCUACCUCAUGAACCUCAAUUCAGCAGAUCUCCUGAAAGCUCUGUGCUUUCCUCGUGUCAAAGUCGGCAAUGAGUAUGUCACCAAAGGUCAAACUGUCCAACAGGUGUACAAUAAUGUGGGUGCUCUUGCAAAAGCGGUUUAUGAAAAGAUGUUCUUGUGGAUGGUGGUUCGUAUUAACCAGCAGCUGGAUACUAAGCAGUCCAGACAAUAUUUCAUUGGUGUCCUGGACAUCGCUGGCUUUGAAAUUUUCGAUUACAACAGCUUAGAGCAGCUCUGUAUCAACUUCACCAACGAAAAACUGCAACAGUUUUUCAACCACCACAUGUUUGUGCUGGAACAAGAGGAGUACAAGAAAGAAGGAAUUGAAUGGGAGUUCAUUGACUUUGGAAUGGACUUGGCUGCCUGCAUUGAACUGAUUGAGAAGCCCAUGGGCAUUUUCUCCAUCCUGGAAGAAGAGUGCAUGUUCCCCAAGGCAACAGACACUUCUUUCAAGAACAAGCUCUAUGAUCAACAUAUUGGCAAAUCUCCUAAUUUCCAGAAGCCCAAACCUGUCAAAGGCAAGGCUGAGGCUCACUUCGCUCUGGUGCAUUAUGCUGGCACUGUGGACUAUAACAUCACUGGCUGGCUGGAGAAGAACAAGGACCCCCUGAAUGAUACAGUGGUGGGGCUUUACCAGAAGUCUUCUAUGAAGACUUUGGCCGUACUGUUUGCCGAUCGCCCUGCGGAUGCUGAGGGCGGCGGCAAGAAAGCUGCAAAGAAGAAGGGUUCCUCCUUCCAGACUGUCUCUGCUCUUUUCAGGGAGAACCUAAACAAAUUGAUGACCAAUCUGAGAAGCACUCACCCGCAUUUUGUGCGCUGCAUUAUUCCCAAUGAAACCAAAACACCAGGUGCAAUGGAUCACGAGCUUGUGCUGCACCAGCUGAGGUGUAAUGGAGUGUUGGAAGGCAUCCGUAUUUGCAGAAAAGGAUUCCCCAGCAGAAUCAUUUAUGGUGAUUUCAAACAGAGGUACAAGGUUUUAAAUGCCAGUGCCAUCCCAGAGGGACAGUUCAUUGACAGCAAGAAAGCUAGUGAGAAGCUUCUUGCAUCCAUUGAUAUUGACCACACCCAGUAUAAAUUUGGACAUACUAAGGUGUUUUUCAAAGCUGGUCUUUUGGGUCUUCUAGAAGAGAUGAGAGAUGACAAGUUGGCUCAGCUGAUAACACGUACACAGGCUAUGUGUCGUGGGUUCUUAGCAAGAGUAGAAUACCAGAAAAUGUUGGAAAGAAGAGAAGCCAUCUUUAGUAUUCAAUACAACAUCCGUUCCUUCAUGAAUGUCAAGCAUUGGCCAUGGAUGAAGUUGUACUUUAAGAUAAAGCCUUUGUUGAAGAGCGCUGAGGCAGAGAAAGAGAUGGCCAAUAUGAAAGAAGAGUUUGCAAAAACAAAGGAGGAACUUGCAAAGUCAGAGGCCAAGCGGAAACAGCUGGAAGAAAAACUGGUGUCUCUGAUGCAAGAGAAGAAUGAUCUGCAGCUCCAAGUCCAGUCUGAAUCUGAUGCUGUGUCAGAUGCUGAGGAGAGAUGCGACCAGCUGAUCAAAACCAAGAUCCAGCUGGAAGCUAAAAUUAAGGAGCUGACUGAACGGGCAGAAGAUGAAGAGGAAAUGAACGCUGAGCUGACAGCCAAAAAGAGGAAACUGGAGGAUGAGUGCUCAGAACUGAAGAAAGACAUUGAUGACCUUGAGUUGACCCUGGCCAAGGUUGAAAAGGAGAAGCAUGCCACAGAAAACAAGGUCAAAAACCUCACAGAAGAGAUGGCCGUCUUGGAUGAGAACAUUGCCAAACUGACCAAGGAAAAGAAAGCCCUUCAAGAGGCCCAUCAGCAGACCUUGGACGACUUGCAGGCAGAGGAAGACAAAGUGAAUACUCUGACCAAAGCAAAGACCAAGCUGGAGCAGCAAGUGGAUGAUCUUGAAGGGUCUUUGGAACAAGAGAAGAAGAUCAGGAUGGAUCUAGAAAGAGCCAAGAGGAAGCUGGAAGGAGAUUUGAAACUGUCCCAGGAAUCCCUAAUGGAUCUAGAAAAUGAUAAGCAGCAGCUGGAUGAGAAGCUUAAGAAGAAAGAUUUUGAGAUCAGCCAGCUCCAAAGCAAAAUUGAAGAUGAGCAGGCCUUGGGUGCCCAGCUUCAGAAGAAGAUCAAAGAGUUGCAGGCUCGUAUAGAGGAACUGGAGGAAGAGAUUGAGGCAGAGCGUGCAUCUCGGGCCAAAGCAGAGAAGCAGCGGGCUGACCUCUCCAGGGAACUGGAGGAAAUCAGUGAGCGUCUGGAGGAAGCUGGUGGGGCAACAGCGGCUCAGAUUGAGAUGAACAAAAAACGUGAGGCUGAAUUCCAGAAAUUGCGUCGGGACCUUGAAGAGGCCACUCUGCAGCAUGAAGCCACUGUAGCUGCCCUCCGCAAGAAGCAUGCAGAUAGUGCAUCUGAACUUGCAGAACAGAUUGAUAACCUUCAGCGAGUGAAACAGAAGCUGGAGAAAGAGAAGAGUGAGCUGAAGAUGGAGAUUGAUGACCUUGCUAGCAACAUGGAGUCUGUCUCCAAAUCAAAGGCCAAUCUUGAAAAAAUGUGCCGCACCCUGGAAGACCAGCUUAGUGAGUUUAAAACAAAGGACGAAGAGCAUCAGCGUACGAUUAAUGACCUGAAUGCUCAAAGAGGUCGCCUACAGACUGAAGCAGGUGAAUACUCACGACAGGUAGAUGAGAAAGACAGUUUGAUCUCCCAGCUCUCCAGAGGCAAGCAAGCUUUUACUCAACAAGUUGAAGAACUGAAGAGACAACUUGAGGAAGAGAUAAAGGCCAAGAAUGCCCUGGCCCACGCCUUGCAGUCUUCUCGCCAUGACUGUGACCUCCUUCGAGAACAAUAUGAGGAAGAGCAGGAAGCCAAGGCUGAGCUGCAACGUGCCAUGUCCAAGGCCAACAGUGAAGUGGCCCAGUGGAGAACCAAGUAUGAGACGGAUGCCAUUCAAAGGACUGAAGAACUGGAAGAGGCCAAGAAAAAGCUUGCCCAGCGUCUCCAGGAAGCUGAAGAACAUGUUGAAGCUGUGAAUUCCAAAUGUGCUUCUCUUGAGAAGACAAAACAGAGGUUGCAGAAUGAAGUGGAGGACCUGAUGAUUGAUGUGGAAAGGUCCAAUGCAGCCUGCGCAGCUCUAGACAAGAAGCAGAAGAACUUUGAUAAGAUUCUGGCUGACUGGAAGCAAAAAUAUGAGGAAACUCAGUCUGAACUGGAAGCUGCCCAGAAGGAGUCUCGCUCUCUCAGCACAGAGCUCUUUAAGAUGAAGAAUGCUUAUGAGGAAUCAUUGGACCACCUGGAAACUCUGAAGCGAGAGAACAAGAAUCUCCAACAGGAGAUUGCUGACCUGACGGAGCAGGUUGCUGAAGGAGGAAAAGCUAUCCAUGAACUGGAAAAAGUGAAGAAGCAGAUUGAACAAGAGAAAAUUGAUCUCCAGACUGCUCUAGAGGAAGCUGAGGCCUCACUAGAACAUGAGGAAGGGAAGAUCCUCCGCAUCCAGCUAGAGCUCACCCAGGUGAAGGCUGAGAUUGACAGAAGAAUUGCAGAGAAGGAUGAAGAGAUUGAUCAGCUGAAGAGGAAUCACUUGAGGGUGGUAGAAACCAUGCAGAGCACACUGGAUGCUGAGAUCAGGAGCAGAAAUGAGGCUAUGCGGCUCAAGAAGAAGAUGGAGGGGGAUCUGAAUGAAAUGGAAAUCCAGCUGAGCCAUGCCAACCGCCAAGCUGCUGAGGCCAUGAAGAACCUCAGGAACACACAAGGACUGUUAAAAGACACACAACUACAUUUGGAUGAUGCCCUCCGUGGUCAAGAAGAUCUAAAAGAGCAGUUGGCCAUGGUGGAGCGCAGGGCUAACCUGAUGCAAGCUGAGAUAGAGGAACUCCGGGCAGCUCUGGAACAGACAGAGAGGGGCAGGAAAGUGGCUGAACAGGAACUGCUGGAUGCCAGCGAGCGUGUGCAGCUCCUCCACACACAGAAUACCAGCUUGAUCAACACCAAGAAGAAGUUGGAAACAGAUAUAGCCCAAAUCCAAAGUGAAAUGGAGGAGAUAGUUCAGGAAGCGCGCAAUGCAGAAGAAAAGGCCAAGAAGGCCAUCACUGAUGCAGCCAUGAUGGCAGAGGAAUUAAAGAAGGAACAAGACACCAGUGCUCACCUAGAGAGGAUGAAGAAGAAUCUGGACCAGACUGUGAAGGACUUGCAACACCGUCUUGAUGAAGCAGAGCAGCUGGCAUUGAAAGGAGGGAAGAAACAGAUCCAGAAACUGGAGGCCAGGGUUCGUGAGCUGGAAUCUGAGUGUGAGAAUGAGCAAAAGCGGAGUGCUGAAGCUAUCAAAGGUGUGCGGAAGUAUGAGAGAAGAGUAAAGGAAAUGACCUAUCAGGCUGAGGAAGAUCGAAAGAAUAUUCUGAGGCUCCAGGAUCUGGUGGAUAAACUACAACUCAAAGUAAAAGCAUACAAGCGACAAUCUGAGGAGGCUGAGGAACUGUCCAAUACAAAUCUUUCCAAGUUCCGCAAGAUUCAGCAUGAGCUGGAAGAGGCCGAAGAGCGGGCCGACAUUGCUGAGUCCCAAGUGAACAAGCUCCGGGCGAAGACCCGAGAAGUGCAUAAGAAGGUUAUUGUGAGUGAAGAAUAAGGUCCUCAAGAAGCUGCAAAGUGACUCAAGAGAAGCGCAAAAUGUGAAGCUCUUGGUCACUUCUUGUAACUACUGUCCAUUUUUCUUUAGUGUUUAGAAAAUAAAGACUACAGAGAACGUUG